GUUAAAUGGGUAUAUUGUAGCUAUUUACCAUUACUAGCCCGAACGUCUUUGCUACAAACUGUACAUUUGUUCAUACGGAACGACUAAAGAAUGGCUGCGGUUGUAGCUCAUUCACAUUACUCAUUUGGCCUGCGAACAGGGGUGACAAAUAACAUCUGCUACUUUGAUGAGCAAACGGUAAUAUUUCCCUGUGGAAAUAACUUGGUGCGCUACAACAUUGACCACAGAUGGCAGAGGUUCAUCCCAGGGUCAGAGAAAAGCCAAGGCAUGUUUGCCAUGGCCAUGAGCACGAACCAUCGCUAUCUGGCAGUGUCCGAACGAGUCGAAAAGGGAGCCAUUACUGUGUAUGACUUGCACCAUGAGCAGAGUCGAAGGAGGAAGGUGCUGACCGGAGGUGAGUUGCCUGUCCAGGAGUUUGUUUGCAUGGCUUUCUCCCCAGAUUCUAAGUUUCUCAUCGGCCAGUCUGGUGGACCUGACUGGACCCUCUUUUACUGGAUGUGGGAGAAGCAGAAAGUCUUAGCCACGGUCAAGACAAGCACUCUUAACAACAAUAUCUACCAGGUCAGCUUCAGUCCCCAUGACAACACACAUAUCUGUGUGACUGGCAAUGGCAUGUUCAAGCUGUACCGCUACUCCGAGGGCACCCUGAAACAGUGCAACUUCCCAAAGCUCGAUUCCCAAAAUUUCCUGUCACACGCCUGGAUGUCGGAGGAGCGUGUGAUUGCUGGCACUGACACAGGCCGGUUGCUGGUGUUUGAGUCCGGUGACAUGCGCUGGGAAAUGAAAGUCGGCUCUAAGACCUCACAAGAGGUGGACAGACGAGAGAAGAGCAUCUCAGACGAGGAGUCGGAGCUCCCCCCCAGCCUGCCCCGGGUCACCGCCAUCACCGCCUACUCCAAGGGCUUCGUCUGUUCCGCCGGGCCUGGCACCGUGUGUCUGUUUGAGAAGACGGACGACAAGGACAACUAUCGCAAGACCAGAGAGAUAUGGAUUCCUCCAGACCCGUACAGCAAUGAGCCGAGACAAGCCCAGCAGCAGGAGAUCACCGGCCUGUGCAUCAGCCCGUCCGAGGAGGGCCUGUGUGCCUGCACUGACCACGGUCAGCUCUACAGCAUCACCCUGGCCUCGGCCGAGAUCAGCAAGGGGGAGCAAGCCCACUUUGAGUUCCUGUCACACUCCUUCCACUCCAAAGCCAUCACCGGCAUGUCCAUCUGCAUCCGCAAGCCCCUUAUCGCCACCUGCUCGCUGGACCAUUCCGUGCGCAUCUGGAACUAUGAGACCAAUGUUCUAGAGCUGCGUAAGGAGUUCCAGGAAGAGUCCCACAGCGUGGCGCUGCACCCCUCUGGCCUCUACAUACUGGUCGGCUUUACCGACAAACUGCGCUUGCUGAACCUGCUCAUAGACGACAUCCGGCCCUUCAAGGAGCUGACCGUGCGUGGCUGCAGAGAGUGUGCGUUCAGUCACGGAGGCCACAUGUUCGCCGCUGUCAACGGCAACAUCAUUCACAUCUACUCCAGCACGACCUUUGAGAAUCUGCUCAAUCUCAAAGGACACAACGGGAAGGUGCGGUCUGUGGUGUGGAGCAUGGACGACAGUCGCCUGGUGUCCUGCGGCAUGGACGGAGCUGUGUACGAGUGGAACACUCUGAGCAGCAAGCGCGAGUCGGAGAGCGUGCUCAAGAGCUGCAGCUACAACAGCGUGGCCGUCUCAGCCGACGGCAAGAACAUCUUCGCUGUCGGCACGGACAGAACCUUGAAAGAGAUCCAAGACUGUCAGGUCCUGAGGGAGAUGAGCGCAGACGAGGUGAUAUACACGGCCAUCGCCAUGACCCGCACCGGCCGCGCCAUCUUCACCGGCACCUCCACCGGCACCAUCAGGGUCAUCAAGUGCCCCAUCCCCGUCCAGAAAGAGUGGACAGAGUACCAGGGACACUCGUGCGCCAUCACCAAGAUGACCGUGACUUUUGAUGACCAGUACCUGCUGUCCGUGUCAGAGGACGGCUGCCUGUUCAUAUGGAAGAUCAUUGAUAAAGAGGGCCGGGGCCUGAAGAGAGAUAAAGACGUGUCCUACGCCGAGGAGAUCCUCAUCACCAAGUCUGACCUGGAGGAGAAGAACCAGGUCAUGACGGAGCUGAAGACUCGGGUGGAGGAACUCAAGAUGGAGAACGAGUACCAGCUCCGCCUGAAGGACAUGAACUACAACGACAAGAUCAAAGAACUCUCCGAGAAGUUCAUCCACGAGAUAGAAUCGCUCAAGACCAAGAACCAGGUCCUCAAAACGGAGAUGGAGAAGCAAGACAUGGGGCACCGGGAGCUACUGACGGAGGCCAACGAGAGGCAUUCAAAAGAGCAGCAAGAUUUUGAGUCGACGAGCAACCAGAGGCUGAUGCUGGAGUACGAGAAGUACCACGAGCUGCAGCUCAAGUGUCAGCGCAUGCAGGAGGACUACGAGCAGCAGCUGCAGGCCGUGGAGCAGAGCAAGUUCCAGGCGCUGGACGACCUCACCUUCAGCUACGAGGCCAAGCUGCACGAGAAGGAGCUGGUGCUCUCGCAGUGCCAGGAGGAGUCUCAGCGGCAGGUGCGGGAGUUCGAGGAGACGAAGAAGCAGAUCGAGGAGGACGGCGAUCUGGAGAUCCAGAGCAUUCGUCUCAAGUACGAGAAGACCAUCAAGGAGGAGAAGGAGCUCAGCCAGUGUCUGAAGGGGGAGACGGGAAUCAUGAAGAAGAAAUUCAGCAGCCUGCAGCGAGAGAUCGACGAGCGCAACCUGGACAUCGACCGGCACAAGGCGGAGCUGCAGAAGAUGCAGUGCGUGGUGCGAUCCCUGGAGAAGGACAUCAACACCCACAAGAAGGAGAUCCAGGAGAGGGACGAGACCAUCCAAGAUAAGGAAAAGCGAAUAUAUGACCUCAAGAAGAAGAACCAGGAGCUUGAAAAGUUCAAAUUUGUUUUGGACUACAAAAUCAAAGAGCUGAAGAAACAGAUUGAGCCCAGGGAGAACGACAUCAAAGAAAUGAGAGAAGUGAUUACAGAGAUGGAGGCUGAGCUGGAUCAGUUCCACAAGAAGAAGACCCAGCUGGACCUGACCUGCAAUGAGCUCAAGCUCAAGCUCAAGGCCACGGAGAAGGAGAUGUCCAGAGAGCUGAAGAGGGUGAAGGACGUGGAGUCCUUGGUCCACAGGUUCAAGACGGACCUGCAUCACUGCGUCGGCUUCAUUCAGGACCCCAAGAGGCUGAAGGAGGUCAUCCGGGAGCUGUACGAGCGCUACGUGCAGCAGAGUGAUGUGGUUGACAUAGUGGGAGUGGACGCUGACAUCCAGCGCGAGUACAGCCGCCAGAGGGAACACCUGGAGAGGAACGUGGCCUCACUCAAGAAGAAGCUCUCCAAAGAUGCAGAGGUUCACCGAUCAGAGAACAACAAGAUCAUGAAGGAGAACGUGUCGCUGAUCAGGGAGAUUAACGACCUGCGGCGUGAGCUGCGCAUGGUCCGCUCUCAGCUCCACGACAACGAGUGUCAGGACGCCAUCAGCAAGAGGAGUAAGGCCAAGAGCUUGACACAACUUAAACUGAGAGCGUCUGGAGAUGCGGAGGCGGGCGCGCUGGUCCCGCGGCUGAACUUUGACGAGGAGGCGGAGCGCAUCAUCCAGAUGCAGCGCACGGAGAUCCAGCGGCUGCGGCAGGACAUCCAGGGCCAGAGCCAGGUGCUCUCGCUACGACCGAUGCGCCCGCACACCAGCGACACCAGGCUCCCCACACUGGCCACCUAGUCUCACCAAGACGUCCAGCCAGCGGCCCGCGGCCCCAUGCUCCCGCCCCCCCCCCCCGGCGCACUCUCCUGUGGGCCUCCAUAGGGGGUGAGAGGGGGGCCGGCCUGGAACUGUGCUGGAGGGGGAGUGUGUUGGGAGGGGUUGAGAGGAUGAUCAGUUUAGAAAGGAGGUCUAUCCUCGGUUCGAAUAGUAGGAACCAGUUUAUUCAGAGGUGAAUUUGUGAUGUAAUUGUCAAACUGGACUGGUCUGAAAUGAACUGGGGUUAUAUCGGUGUUAAAUGAUGUCAUCACUGCUAUAAAGAUAUGUAAUGUGACACAGAUUAAGUGUUCACUGGA